GCCUCAUGGAUUGAUGAACCCCUUGUGUUGCUCUCAAUUCACAAAUUUAGAGGAGGCCCCGUUUUUGAAUUUGAGUUUUAUUUUGAAGGUUUUGACCAGAAGUCGCACUGUUCACCUGUCUGACUUGACUACCUGCUGUAGUGAUGGGGGUGUCUCCUCUUCUCUAGUCUAAACUCAUCAUCGGGGAUUCCUUAUUAGCCUCAGUUGUUUACAGACACGCACCGCCUCGGUCUGACUCAGAUACCCGCCGUCAUGUUCACAGGGAUGCGGACAGAGAACCGGGGGGACUCGGGGGUCCUGGAUGCUGCGGCUCUGAGGCAGCAGAGGAGGCUGAAACAGGCGAUCCAGUUCCUCCAUAAGGACUCAGCCGAUCUGCUGCCUUUGGAUGGACUAAAGAAGCUCGGGACAUCUAAACAGGGGCAGCCGCACCAUAUUCUCCAGAAGCGCCUGCUGGAGGCCAAGUUGUCCCGGGGAAGGAUGAACAUGUGUGGAGUGACGCCAAACAACGGAGGGGUCCUUCUGAGUCGUACUCAUUUAAAUUCACACGAGGAUGAGGAAGAAGAGGAGGAAGAUUUCAUCUAUGUGCCCUGCAAUUGUUUAGGGCAGGAGGUGAAUGUGCUGAUUGACACCGGUUGCAAACUGAACCUGAUGUCCUCACUAACUGUGGAGAGAUCAGGUUUAAAAGACCUGAUUGAGGAGAACAAAAUGGAGACGGAUGGCUUUCCAUUUCAGCGGAAGCUGUGUAUUGACGGACACAUCAAAAAACUCAGCCUAACCAUCGGGCAACUCAGAAUAAUGUGCUCGUUUGCCAUAGUAGAAAGUAACAGACCACUGAUGUCCCUGGGCAACAAGACAUUAAAGUCACUCAAGUGUGUAAUUGACACUGAAAAGCAGAUGUUGGUGCUUGGGACAACCGUGAGGGAGCAAGUCCAGUUUGCCAAAAAGCCAUUCAAUGAAAGCUCCUCUGACUUCCAAGACCUGUGAUACUGAGCUCCCUUCACACAGUGACCAAAAGCAAUAGAAUUAUUUACUCUUACAACUAGAUGCCUCAUCUGGGAACUUCGCAUUUCUCACCUCAUAAAUCCUCACUUUCUCUCUGCCUGUUUGUUUGCUGCAUUCACGAGUCAGAUAAUCUACACUGACUUCCCUUAUUUCUACAUAGAGGCGGUGGUUUACACAGCGGCUGCUCCCACAAGCAGUUCCUCAUGUAGCACUGACGAUGAAUAGCAUUCUUGUAGCCUAGAGUUUGAUCAUGUUUUAGCUGUCACUACAGUAGUACGUAUUGUGCAGCUAGAAAAGAAAUCAUGAACAGAACUUGCUGUAGACUUUAAGAUUCUGAUAGAAUUGUGAUUUAUAGCUGUUGUAUCCUACAAAUUAGUAUUGUUCUGCCAGACAUAGUAUUCUACAUUUAUAGCGGGAACUCGGAGAACAAAGGUUGGAGGGUUUUUAUUUCAUGUGGAGUGUAGUUGAUAAGCUUAGCACAAUCUGUUGCAUACAGAGCAACUGUUUAUCUACUGUAUUUUAUAAUGUUGUAAAUGUAUUUUCUAGUCCAAAACAUGUAUUUGCAUUGAGGUCACUGCCUUUUAAUGUUUACAAAAUGAUAGUGACAGUUGUGAUAUGUUUUAUCACGGGACUGUAGCAAAGUGCAGCACUGAAUAUCAAAUAAAAUCCCAAAUUAUGUGAAAGUU